AUGGCCUUUCUACACGCGCAUUCGCACGAGUGCCUGAAAUUCCAACUUAGCCCCUUCUCGUUACCACCGACGCAAACGACGAUCGACAAUUCGCAAUGGGUACACUACAAACCCAUUUCCUCGUUGAGCGAUGGCUCACCCAUCGAAUUCGUCGUUCCAGGACACGGCGAUGGAUACCUCGAUCUCGCUUACACGAUGCUCAGUGCUCGUGUUGCGCUUCAAUCCGUACAUUCCGAUAUCGAGGUCAAAACUCUCAAAGAUGUGGAAAAUGUCGGCCCUAUCAACAAUCUUCUGCACUCUAUGUUCAACCACGUGGAUGUAUUCUUCAAUCAGAAACUCGUGUCACCGCCUAAUAACGCCUACGCGUACACAGCGUACAUCGAGACCCUCUUGAAUUACGGAUCGGAUGCUAAAAAAUCGCAUCUUACGAGCUCGCUGUGGUACGGCGAUACAGCCGAUCGAUUUUUACUAAACGGUGUAGAGAUACGUUUGCGUCUAGUGCGCAGCUGCGACUCGUUUUGUCUCAUGAACCCGACGAACUCGUUUAAAGUACACAUCCUAGAGGCGACUCUGCCUGUGCGUCGAGUAAACGUAAACCCCGGAAUACUGUUGUCUCACGAGCGCGCGCUGGCUAAAACCGCGGCGAAGUACCCGCUCACGCGAGUAGAGGUGAAGGUCAUAUCGAUGCACUCCGGUUUGCACAGCGAGACACUGGACAACGCGAUUCUCGGCCAAUUGCCGAAACGAAUCAUUCUCGGUUUCGUGGAUAACAGAGCCUCCAAUGGCGAUCGCAAACUCAAUCCUUUCAAUUUUGCGCACUACAACAUCAAUUAUCUGUCUCUGUAUGUGGACGGUAUUCAAGUACCGUCGAAACCUCUACAACCGGAUUUCACCAAGAAUCGUUUAUACGAGGCUGCGUACCACACGCUGUUUUCUGGUACCGGCACGCAUUUUCUCGAUCGAGGUAAUUGCAUCGAUCGAGAAAAAUAUCCCGAUGGCUAUUGCCUCUUUGCCUUUGAUCUGACACCCGGUCUCUCGGCCAAUGAGAACUCCCAUUGGAAUCUCAUCAGGCACGGCAGCGUAAGAAUCGAGGUGCGAUUCGAGAACGCUCUGUCGUCGAAGGUAAAUUGCAUCAUUUAUGCUGAGUACGAGAAUGUUCUGGAGAUAGACGCAUCGCGCCACUUUCUGGUAGAUUUCAACGGCUAA